AUGACGAAGCCCUCCCUUCCGUCCAAAAUGUGGGCCGCACAAGUCAUCUCCUUCAAUGAACCCUACAAGGUGCACGAAAUCUCCGUCCCAUCAGAACUUGCACCGCACGACCUCCUCAUAAAAGUCGCCGUCGCCUCCCUCUGCCACACAGACUCCAUGGUCUCUUCAGGCGCAAUGGGCACACCACUUCCCUGCACCGGCUCCCACGAGGGCGCAGGCACCGUCGUAGCGACCGGCACGUCUGUAACACAGUUUACUGUCGGCGACCGCGUGAUGGCGGGUAUUCUGAUUGGGAUGGAAGAGGUUAUCAAGGCUGUGCGUGCUUGUACGGGGAACGAGGGGGUAAAGGCUACGCUGAACGUUAGUGAUGCGAAAGAGUCGGCGGCCUUGGCUUGUGCGGUUACGAAGAUGCAUGGGACGAUGAUACAGCUUGCGCAGCCGGAUGGUGUGGUUAUUCCGUUUCAUGAACUCAUUUUGAGGGAUAUCAGGGUGAGGGGGUCGGCUGUUGCUAACCUGAGUGAGGCGCGGGAUAUGCUGGAUUUGGUUGCCGGGCAUGGUAUCACGGUGCAGACCAGUUCGUUUCAGGGGCUGGGUGAGAUUGAGAAGUUGGUAAAGCUGGCGCAUAGCGGGAAGAUGAAGGGAAAGGGUGUUGUCAUCAUGGAUCAAGAGCAGAUUGAGAAGGAGAAGAAUGUCAGAUCGGCGUUGUAG